CGGAGGUGUUGCUGUCGCGCUCUCGUUCAGAAAGAUUUGCAGUGCUGAAUUUUAGUGGCUUCUAAUUAAUGACUGGUCACGAAUUCUGAACGCAUUUGUUUUGAAAUUAAAUCGGAUUGCUUUACUUAAUUAAUUCGGGUUUUUUUUUCAUAAAAUAUGCAAUUGUUGUACAGCUUGUUGUGCUCAUUAUCGUUAUUGCUGCUGCACUGGCCAGCUGCCAAAGUUACCGCUGGCCAACGUAUGUUUGCAUAUGAGCAAGGCAAGUGCGAACAUUCGAAAUCCGAGGUUAUCGAGGGUUUGCUGAAAACGGGUCUGAGCAGAUUGGCUAACCUCAAUCAGUCCGGCAAGCCCGUUAGCCAAGCCAGUCUCCUACAAUAUGAUCUCUAUACGCCAUUCAAUCCACAGCAGCGCCAGCUAAUGCGACCAGGAGAUGUGAGCAUGCUAAAGAGUUCAUAUUUCAAUAGCAAGUGGCCAGUUAGAGUCUUAAUACACGGCUGGACGGGCAAGAGCACCAACUGCUAUAAUGCCGCCAUUAAGGAUGCAUAUUUAUCGCGCGGCAACAUUAAUGUGAUCAUCAUCGACUGGAGUCGCCAGUCGUUGGAUCUGAACUACGCUCGCGUGUCGAAGCAGCUGCCAUCGAUAGCCGCCAGUGUGGCGAAGUUUCUACGCUUUCUUCACGACAAUACGGGCGUGCCCUAUGAGCACAUUUAUCUGGUGGGUCACAGUGCCGGCAGUCAUCUUGCCGGCUUGAUCGGUAAACGAUUUGGGGCGUCACGCCUUGGCGCCAUCUUUGCACUGGAUCCAGCGGGGCUAACACAGCUCGAGCUGGGACCGACCGACCGCCUGUCCCCAACUGAUGCGCUCUAUGUGGAGUCUAUUCACACGGAUCUCAAGCUGCUGGGCAAUCCCCAUGGCAAUGCACUAAGUCAGGCAGCCAUCUUUGUGAACUGGGGUCGCGGCCAGCCGCAGUGUCCAAAUGCAACAGCCACCGAGUUAGACGUUGCCUGCGAUCAUUUCUCGUCCACCUUCUACUUUGCCCAAUCAGUGCGACGACCCCAAUUGUUUGGUGUACUUCGCUGCAGCUCACUGACGAGCGCAUUGACUGCCACGUGUCGUUGCAGCAACAAUGCGCUGACAUGCGCCGCUGAUGGCUAUAUGGGCGGUGAGCCGGCUGUGCCCAAAAGGGGUAUCUACUACCUAAGCACACAACGGCAGCCGCCCUUUGGCACAGCCGAUGGUCAGGUGCACAUACGGCCACCAAGGCCGUCGACCAUACUGGAGACAAGCGCGCUCCAAAGAAAGGGACUUUUCUGACAAGCAAUCAAUCAACGAGGCGGCGUAUAACCAAAAACUAUUGGCAUAAUCUUAGGCUAAGUUAUAAUAUAUAUAUAUUUAUGUGUAUCUAGUACAUUUAAAAAAAAACUGCAUGGCUACGCUUAAGCAUUUGCGGUUGGGCAAUAAUGUUUUUAUUCGGUUGGCUAACUGUGUCAAGCAAAGUUCUUAUGGGUUUAAAUAAAUUAAGCAACGGACAAGUAACUAACGGACUCUUUAAGUAAAUAAUUCGUUACAUGUUCAGUGUAGAUUUGCGAGAAGAGCAAGUACAAUAAAUAAAUAAGAACGCAAAGGAAACGAAAAAUGAA